CCCUCCCAACCAUGGCUGACACGACUUCCGCCGCAGCCCGCGCCCGCAAGCAGAUCGAGUUCUACUUUUCCGACUCGAACCUCCCGCGUGACAAGUACCUCCUUAACCUCACUGCCCAGAACUCUGACGGCUUUGUUCCUCUUGAGGAGCUCGCCAAGUUCAAGCGUGUGCAGCAGAUGGGACUCGACAACGAGGCCCUGGCGGCGGCUCUGGGCGAGUCGGACGCCCUGGUUGUCUCGGACGACGGCAAGAACGUCCGUCGGGCUCAGCCGCUGCCGGCCAAGCUCGACAUCGAUGAGCGGUCGAUUUACGCCAAGGGCUUUGUUCGUGAUGGUGAGGUGACGACCAUCGAGUCGAUCACCGAGCUCUUUGCUGAGCACGGCAAGGUGCUCUCCGUCCGCCUCCGCCGCACCCCGCAGACCCAUCUGUUCAAGGGCUCGGCCUUUGUCGAGUUUGCCACCGUCGACGAGGCCAAGGCCAUCAUUGCCAAGGAGAUCCGCGCUGCGCCCGAGCUGGAGCCGCUGGCCAUGGAGAUGAAGCUCGACUACCUCACCCGUGCCCGCGCCAAGAAGAUCGAGCGCCGCAACGCAUCCAAGGCUGCCGCUGCGCCGCCGACCGAGGAGGCCAUCGCUGCCGAGGUUGCCGCUGAGAUCGCCGCCUUUGACGUCAUCCCCGGCUGUGUUGUUCACGUGACCGAGCUGGCCUCUGAGGGCAUCUCCCGCGAAGACAUGCUCCCCAUCUUCCGCGCCUAUGGCGACGUCCAGCGCGUCGACUUUUCGCGCGGCCAGACCGAGGGCUACAUCCGCUUCGCCGCCCCUGUCGCCGCCGCCGCCGUCGCCGACCUCUCCACCGACGAUACCAAGCGCACCCUGGCCGACAAGGUCUUUGCUGUUGCUGUUGUCGACGGCGAGGCCGAGACCAAGUACUGGCACGGCGUUGUCGAGGCCCGCGUCCGCGGCCGCAUCUCGCGCAUGGGCGCCAAGGGCAUCCAGCACGCUGCCCCCAAGCGCAAGGCCGAGGACGACGCCGCAGCCGGCGACGACGGCGCGGCGCCCGCCAAGAAGCAGAAGACGCUUGAUGGCGAGGCUGCGGCCACUGCCGAGGCGCCUGCUGCUUCCGAGUAA